CCACACACUGCACAGGUACUACAAAUCCUGCUUAAAUACCUAAGUUAUUAUCCAUAUUCAAUUCAAUUAACGAACUAAACUGGCCCUGAACCUAUGCCAACACAUCCCCAGCAAUAGGCAGGCCAGGCAGCCUUGAACAAGCAUCAAUGGCAAACCGGAAAUUCAAACUCCAGGAAACGCGGCAGCAGCAACAACAUGCCUUGCUAGAACGGCAGUCUCCGGCCAAAUCAAGACCGGCAAGGAAAAGAGGCCUCACCACUUGCCUCUUGGGCCUUUUUCUAGGAACCGCAACCAUCUGGCUGUUCUUAGAUGCCCAGCUAAGCACUUUGGUUGCUCAAUGGUGUCAAAACAGGAUAGGCUCUUCCAAUCCGGCUGAUGCUGUUGCCGGCUGUCCAGGAUAUGUGGCCUCCAAUGUGGAGAAGACGGCCUCGUCCCUUACCGCGGACCUGAAGCUCGCUGGGGAGGCAUGCAACGUCUACGGCAGGGACUUGGUUGAGCUAAAGUUGCUUGUUGAGUACCAGACAGACAAGAGACUGCAUGUCAAAAUAUACGACGCACAGCAGCAAGCCUACCAGAUCCCCGAGUCAAUCAUCCCUAGUCCCCUGCAUCAAAAGACCCCAUUAUCCCGAUCUGAAGUCAUAUUCCACCUCACAGAGUCCCCAUUUUCCUUCGCAGUUACACGCACCAGUAAUGGCGAGGUUCUUUUUAACACAUCCCGCGAGCAUCUCGUCUUUGAGGACCAGUACAUUCGCCUCCGCACCGAACUUCCCCCUGACCCGAAUCUCUAUGGCCUCGGGGAGCAUACCGACAGCUUCCGCCUGCAGACUGAGGACUAUCACCGCACGUUGUGGAAUGCCGACAUGGCAUUCAACCCGCCCAUGGCAAACAUGUACAGCAGUCACCCAACUUACUUUGACCAUAGGCCUGGUUCCGGCACGCACGCCGUCUACCUGCGCAAUUCGGGCGGCAUGGACGUCAAAAUACACCGCACCGCUGCCGACGGCCAGUACCUCGAGUAUAAUCUCUUGGGUGGCGUUCUGGACCUGUACUUCCUGGCUGGCCCAGGCCCAACUGAGGCGAGCAGGCAGUAUGCCGAGGCCAUUGGUCUCGCCGAUAUGCCGCCUUACUGGGCACUCGGUAUCCACCAGUGCAAAUACGGCUAUUGGGACGUCUACAUGCUGGCAGAGGUCGUUGCUAACUCAUCAACAGCGCAAAUCCCACUUGAUGUUCUGUGGUCCGAUAUCGACUCUAUGGACGGCCGCAAGGACUUCACUCUUGACGAGGCCCGCUUCCCCAUGGGUAGAAUGCGCCAACUUAUCGACACCCUGCACAGCCGCGGGCAGAAAUUCAUCACAAUGCUGGACUCGGCCGUGUCGCGUGAGGCCGGCUAUGAACCGUACAUGCGUGGUACGGCUCAAGAUGUAUUCCUCAAGGCCGAUGAUGGAAGCCAUUACCUGGGGAUACAGUGGCCCGGAGUCGUGGUCUGGCCGGAUUGGACUGCCCCGAACACGCAAGCCUGGUGGACGGACGAGAUCCUGCGCUGGUUCGACCCAGAGCUGGGCAUGGACGUCGAUGGGCUGUGGAACGAUAUGAACGAAGCGGCAAACUUCUGCGGGAACGUCGACUGCGACCCGGAGAAGGACAAGGGUGACAACCCGCCAGAUCCGCCAUUCCCUCCGAGGCCGAACACCGGACGACCUAUCCCCGGCUUCCCGGCCGAAUUUCAGCCGGAUUUCAAUGGCAGCAGCCGUAGCAUCAAGAUCGAAUCUAUAACCCGUGUCAACAACAUGCAUGCGGACGGCUCGAUCCCCGAACUCCGCCGCCGUGGUAACAUGAGAGCGGAAACGAAGGGCCUCCCGGACCGUGAUCUGCUUUACCCCAAGUACAAGAUCCAAAACCGGCGCGGCGAUAUAUCAGACGGCACACUGUGGACCAACAUCAGCAACUAUGACGGCUCAUUUCAGUACGAUACGCACAACUUUUACGGCGGCACCAUGGCACUCACAACCCGCAAAGCCCUGGCUACUCGCAACCCGACGCGGCGCCCCUUUGUUCUUACACGUUCCGCCUUCGCAGGGGCUGGCCAUCAGGUUGCCCACUGGUUCGGUGACAAUGUUUCCACGUGGCGCGACCUGCGCAUCUCGAUCCUGCACAUGCUGGCUGCGACUGCGCUACAAAACAUGCCAGUCGUUGGUUCUGACGUGUGCGGCUUCAACGGCGAGGCUGAGGAGCGCAUGUGUCAGCGAUGGACCCUCGCUGCCGCCUUCCAGCCCUUCUUCAGGAACCAUGCCGACAUUGGCUCUCCGCAUCAGGAGUUCUACCUAUGGGAGAGUGUAGCCGCCACCGCUAGGAAGGCAAUUCGCGCCCGUUACCGACUGCUUGACCUGCUAUACACGGGCGUGAGGUCGCAGACCGCCUCAGGGGAACCAGUAGUCAGGCCUGUGUUUUACGUCUACCCCGAUGACAAGGAGGCGGUUGCUGUCGAGACGCAGUGGUUCCUCGGGCCGGGGGCCGAGGUCCUCAUUUCGCCCGUUGUGGAAGAAGGAACAACAAGACUAGACUUUUACCUCCCCAACGACGUCUUUUACGACUUUUGGACGCUCAAGAAGGACCGUGGACAUGGUCAGGUGGUCGCAAAGGAGCACGUCGACUGGGAUGAGAUUCCCGUGCACAUCCGUGGCGGGAGGAUUCUGCCUCUCCGGGAGCAUGGCAUGGCCAAUACGACGGUCGAGCUGCGCAAGGAGAAUUUUGUCAUCGUUGUUGCGCCCGGGUUGGACGGCACCGCGGCCGGGAGUCUGUAUUUGGACGAUGGUGAGAGUGUUGAUCCAGGGGAUGAAGUCACCGAGGUUGCCUUCUCCUGGGAUGGGAAGCGGUUUGCUGCGUCGGGUAAAUGGGGCUUUGAUACCGAGCUGGUUGUGGAGGAGGUCUUGGUGCUUGGACAGGAGAAGGACUCCGGCUUGUCGGGAAUGAAGUAUGACGAUGAGGUCGGUGUGGUGCGUGUAAAGGGGCCCUGGAGUUUGAAAGGCGACUUCGGCUUCAGUUUCUGACGUGAAGCUUUCUAUGGGCGGCAAACGGAAUUUUUGGGUAGGAAUAAUUUUGGUUAUGAAUAAAUUCCACUUGUUCGACCCUGGCAUCAACCGUUCAGGAUGUCACGAAUGCAAAAUCCUACAUUUUGUACAGGGGUAAUAUAUGAAGAAAGUAUAUUCACAGACUAGGC